UAAGGCGGCUCCCGGCGUGCCGCGCGCGGGUGCGGCCAUGUUGCGGGGCAAUGUUCCAUAGCAGCACGCAGCGCCGGCACUGGACCUUCCAUGGCGAGGAGGAACUGGCGCGGCGCCGCGCUGAGGGGAACCGCCGGGCCCGGGCCAGGGCGGCGGCCAGCGGGAAGGUGCCGCAGGGCGACCCGGUGCUGCUGGAGCCGCACGAGGAGCUGGCGCUAUGCAAGUACUACGAGAAGAGGCUGCUGGACUUCUGCGCCGCAUUCAAGCCCGCGAUGCCGCGGUCUGUUGUGGGUACAGCUUGCAUGUAUUUCAAACGUUUUUACCUCAAUAACUCAGUGAUGGAGCAUCAUCCUCGGAUAAUAAUGCUAACAUGCACAUUUUUGGCCUGUAAAGUAGAUGAAUUUAAUGUAUCCAGUGCACAGUUUGUUGGUAACCUUCGAGAAAGUCCUCUUGGACAGGAAAAAGCUCUUGAACAAAUACUGGAAUAUGAACUGCUACUUAUUCAGCAACUGAACUUCCACCUGAUCAUCCACAAUCCAUACAGGCCAUUUGAGGGAUUUCUAAUUGAUAUUAAGACUCGCUAUCCAGUGCUGGAAAAUCCUGAAGUUUUGAGGAAAACAGCUGAUGACUUCCUUAAUCGAGUGGCUCUGACAGAUGCAUAUCUGCUCUUUACUCCCUCACAGAUUGCUCUCACUGCCAUAUUAUCUAGUGGCUCAAGAGCAGGAAUUAAUAUGGAAAGCUAUUUAUCAGAAAGUCUUAUGCUGAAAGAAGACAGAUCAACCUUAUCUAGAUUACUAGAUGACAUGAAAUGCAUGAAAAAUCUCAUAAAAAAAUAUGAACUGCCGAGGCCUGAAGAGGUUGCUGCUCUAAAACAGAAGUUAGAGAAGUGUCACAGCUUGGACCUGUCAUUUAAUAUAAACCCGAAGAAGAGGAAAGGUUAUGAAGAUGAUGAAUAUGUCACAAAGAAAUGUAAAAUGGAUGAGGAAGAGUGGACUGAUGAUGAUCUUGUGGAUUCAGCAUCACUUUGAAGGAAGAUGGACUACUAUCACUGCAGGAACUACUCUCUGGUGUCAGGUGUGACUACCUGCCACAGGUUCCUUAUUAUGUGUCCUAAGGUCUUUGUGCUGUUACUUCUUACCUUGGCAGUAAAGCCUUUACUUUCCUAAAAGA